AUCCAGUUUACAGAAAUACCCCUACCUUUCUGAUCUUACCAACCCACCUGAGGAGGACAAACUGGUGAUUUCACUCUCGAACUAUAAAUUAGAUCACACCGACCUGAAAACUUAUUGUUAUUUAAAAAACAUAAAAGAAGGCCUUUUUGUUUCUCCGAACAGGAUUUGGAUUGUAAAUCUAUAAAUUCCCAUAAUGUGACCCUCACCUAUCUCUUUGAUUUUUUCUUGAAUUCGACAGUGAAUUUCAGCUGAAUUUAGCUGCCUAGGGCUUUGGAUUUGGAUUUGGGGAAUUUGAGGAACGAAAACAAGGGCAAAUGGAUGGAGUGUUGUCUGCUAGUGAUAAACAGAGCAUGGUCUCCUCCUUUCUCGAGAUUGCCGCAGGUCAAACUGCCGAGACCGCCAUGCAGUUUUUACAAGCAACAAGUUGGAAUCUGGAUGAAGCUAUUCAACUAUUUUAUGUCGGUAAUGAAGGUGGUGUGCUUGCAUCAGCUUCAGAGUCUCCAGCAAUGGAAAACUUGGAUUCUUGGGUUGAUCAAAAUUCUUGUGAGUUGGAGUCCGGAAAUAAUAAUGUUGUACCUGCUGGUGGAGACGAAGUGCGCGCUCCUUUACCUGUAGUAAGGGAGACACUUUAUGAUGAUACCAUGCUAUAUAGGGCAUCAAGGUUGGGAUAUCCUCCCCAACAGUUGAGUUCAUUAAUUGCAUUCCGUAAUUUUGAGGAGGAAAUCAAACGUCCUGGGGUUUGGGAAUCAGAUGAAGGUGCUUCUUCCACAGUAGAUGCUCCUCAAGAUAAUCUUGCCACCUUAUAUCGUCCUCCUUUUCAUCUGAUGUUCCAAGGACCAUUCGAAAAGAGUUAUGUGUCUAUGGUGGAGGCAAAAGCUGCUGCAUCUGUUGAGGACAAGUGGCUCCUUGUGAACUUGCAAUCUACCAAGGAGUUCAGCUCACAUAUGCUUAAUCGAGAUACAUGGGGAAAUGAAGCAGUUUCUCAAACCAUUAGCAGCAACUUUAUUUUCUGGCAGGUAUAUGAUGAUUCAAGUGAGGGCAGGAAAGUUUGCACCUAUUACAGGCUAGAUUCGAUUCCUGUAGUGCUUGUUAUUGACCCAAUCACAGGACAGAAAAUGCACUCCUGGUGUGGAAUGGUUCAACCUGAGAGUUUGCUGGAGGACCUCGUUCAAUUCAUGGAUGGUGGCCCAAGGGAUUAUCAUGCAACUCUGUCUCAUAAACGUCCAAGAGGAAGCUCAGUUACACCACAACAAAAAGUUAAAGAUGAUAAAGUUUUAUCCACUACUGACAAGGAGGAACCAUGCUCGAGUGAGAAACCUACAUAUCCACCUCUUCCUGAAGAACCUAAGGCUGAUAGGAACCUCUUAUGUAGGGUUGGAGUCCGUCUUCCUGAUGGACGUAGGGUACAGAGAAACUUUCUCCGUACUGAUCCAGUACAGCUACUGUGGUCAUUCUGCUAUAUUCAACUUGGUGAAGCUGAAUCAAAGCCAUUCCGCCUGACCCAACCGAUUCCAGGAGCUUCAAAAUCUCUGGAUUAUGAUAGUAAAUUAACAUUUGCCGAGUCAGGUCUCGCCAAUUCAAUGAUAUCAGUUGCAUGGGAAUGAAUAUUGUGAAGUCAGCAGUGGGUUUCAAUGUAUAUAAUACUCAGUACUCUUAUGUCUUCAAUACUUUUGAUUUCUUUUGCCAGAGGGUCAUUAACUCGUUCAAUAAAACUAUUUGAUAAUAGUGUAAAUUCAGAUCAGUUGAUUCGUAUAAAUAUUUUUAAGAA